UGUCUUUUCGACAUAGUAAUUUAGGGAGGUAUCUCCAAGCCUACUAUCGCUGGCAGACGCUGCUCUCUGUUCCCUCAUUGUGCAAGUAGGCGUUUCAGUGAAACUGAACGUUCAGAGCUCGCAAUGGGGGUCCAGACAUUGGUUCAGCUGAGUUCGCUCGCGUCGUCAACAUCGCAAGUUACAUCACUGCAAACUCGUUGUCGCCAUGCUCCCGUGAGUUCCUAUGUUUGCCGCCGUGCGGUGUCAAUAAGAGCGUCAGCGCAGUCCCCCAAGGGAUUCGGAACCAAGCCCGUGAAACCCGCUACUCCGCCAAAGCAGACCGAGCCGGCGAAACAGCUCGAGGAAACUCCUGCGAAGACCGUUCGCGAAGACAUUGACGACGAAGUUCCCGAAGUGGUCACAAAUCGCAUCUUGAAGCGGCUCGCAUUCACCGUCGGCGUACCGCUGUUCGUCGGCCUGUCGUUCUUCCCGCUCUUCUACUAUCUAAAGGUCAUCCAAAAAGUGGACGUCCCGGAUUGGCUGCCGCUUCUGACGUCCUUAUUCCUCUUCGGCGGCGCGGGCUUAGGAAUCUCCUACGGAGUUAUUUCCACGAGCUGGGAUCCGCUUAGAGAAGGCUCGCUGCUAGGAUGGACGGAGUUCAAGGCAAAUUGGCCUGUGUUCAUGCAGACGAUGGGGAAAGACAAGAAGUGAGACUACUGAGAAGAAGUGAGACACUCAAUCCCUGCCAGACCUUCUGCUUCUCUGGCGCAAUGCCAAGCUCGUGGUUUGCUUGCGGACCUCCUGGCAAGGAACGGUCGUUUUUUUCUUGAUUGCCGAUUUUGGGCAGUUUCGUACUCGUCCAGAGCUGUAGGUUAGCUUGCACCCACAGUUCCUUUCAGUGGUACCUCCUUGCUAGUUACAGUGGUUGCCUUGGUGCGUAUUUUACUCAUUGCCCUGGCUUGGAACAGCCAGUUUUGAGCUCUUAUGGCUCCUUCAGCCUAAAACCCUGGUACACGUGCAUGUUAAUGGUACAGCAAGGUUUUCAAAAAUCAAUGC